GCGUUUUCCCCUACUGAACCAUGAGCUCAUGCUUAGUUCAUUAUAGUACCUAAGUACACCUUCUGUUUUCCCGGCUGGCUGAUAUCUGCUGUCGCUUAUCUCUCCGCUCGCCGGCCCAGAGGCGACACGGCGGAAUGAGGAGGUUCUGGUGGUUUAUUGGCAUGUGACAGCGGUCCGGACUCAUGAGUAGUGUACAUGGAGAGCAGCUGAGACACUCGGGAACAGGGCAAACGGAGUCUCUCCCUGCUGAUUUCUGCAUGGCGCUGCAGAUAUCUCUGCGUCGCAGCAUCACCCUCCCUCAAUGCAGCAGCAGAGAGAAUGAGCGAUAGACGCAAAGAAAAAGUGUGAAAGUUUGAAGCAGCCAACAGUCAAGACACCAUGUGCACCUUGAUGUCUCUUUGUGACCCGCGUCAGUGAUUUUAUCACUGAUCCACUGUCUGCAUUGGUUGUCGUUGUGUGCAACCCUCAUCCAGAGAGGAGUUCUGGGCACCUCCAUGGCAGGGGAGAAGGGCUGUCGCAGUGCCAUGGAUAUCAAGCGGCUAGCGGGCCUUCUGCAGCGUGGAGCCGGGCGAUUGCUGGUCAUCGACAGCCGGACUUUCUCGGAGUACAAUGCCUCGCAUGUGCACGGCGCCGUCAACGUCUGCUGCUCCAAACUGGUCAAGAGGAGGCUUCAGCAGGACAAGGUGUCAGUUACCGAGCUCCUCCAACCCAACGGAAAGGUCAAGGUGGACCUGGGCCGCAGGCAGGAGGUGGUGGUGUACGAUCAGAGCACGAAAGACGCCGGUCAGCUUUCCAAAGACAGCUUCGUCAACAUCCUCCUGAGCAAGCUGGACGGCAGCUUCCACCGGGUGUCUCUGCUGACAGGUGGUUUUGCAGCAUUCUCAUCCUGUUUUCCGGGCCUAUGUGAAGGCAAGCCAGUGGCCACUCUGCCUAUGAGCUUGUCUCAGCCAUGUCUGCCUGUGGCAAAUGUUGGUCCCACACGAAUCCUGCCCCAUCUCUACCUGGGCUCUCAAAAAGAUGUGCUCAACAAGGAUCUGAUGGCUCAAAACGGCAUCACAUAUGUGUUAAAUGCAAGCAACACCUGCCCAAAGCCAGAGUUCAUCUCCGAAAGCCAUUUCAUGCGCAUUCCCGUCAAUGACAACUACUGUGAAAAACUCCUGCCAUGGCUAGACAAAACCAACGAGUUUAUUGACAAAGCCAAGGUUUCCAACUGUCGAGUCAUUGUCCAUUGUUUAGCUGGCAUCUCCAGGUCCGCUACCAUCGCCAUCGCUUAUAUCAUGAAGACAAUGGGCUUGUCAUCAGAUGACGCGUACAGGUUUGUGAAGGACCGCAGACCUUCAAUAUCACCCAACUUCAACUUCCUGGGGCAGCUGCUGGAGUUCGAGAAAGGUCUGAGGUUGCUAAAGGCUCUGUCCUCGGGUCAAGAGAAGUUGGAGCAGUUGAAGGAAUUGUCAGAACCUAGAGGAGAAUCUUCUAGUGAUCCUGAAAAGGCUCGUCUGGAGGCUGAGAAGGACAGCACAGAUUUGGACACCAAGCUACCUUCUCCUUCCUCCCUCCAGCAGGGCUUUAAUGGCUUGAAUCUGUCAGCAGAGCGUAUCCUAGACACCAACCGGCUCAAACGCUCUUUCUCACUUGACAUCAAAUCGGUCUAUGAGCCCAACCACUGUCCUCGUCUCACGCCUGCACAUACCGAGGAUGUUCCCAAACUCUGCAAGCUGGAUAGCCCAGAGGCCGGAGAAGCUAAUGGUGUUUGCCAGUACUCACCUAUUUCUGUCAGCCCUGCUUUAGCUGAAUCUCCAGGCCUCUUUCCUGAGAGCAGCUCCCGACCUCGUUCGCGGAGGAAAAGCAAGCACAAUGGUAGCAGUGCUGGAGGUUCUCCCGUGCACUCGCACUUCGGACACUCACUCCCCGCACACAAAAGUCCCAGUCUUGAUGACAAUCUGAAGCCCUCCCUGCUGCUCAGCCUUCCCAAUGUGGGCACCGGGCCCAUGUGGACCAAGCAUAGAGACACCGUACAGGCCACAACCCCUGUUACGCCAACAGGCGAAGCCCCUUGGUUCUACAGCUCUGAGUCAAUGAACAGUAACGGAGGUGGAGGAGGGGCGGUACACUUUCCUGCGCUGGGCUGUAGCAGCCUCCCUGGCCCAUGCGAGGCUGUGCGUCUGCGGGAGAAGGUGGGGGAGCCACAGGACUCGAGGGGCAGCUGGCACGAGGACGCUCCCACUUCCAGUGCUGCCGAUAAGCAGUUCAAGCGGCGCAGCUGUCAGAUGGAGUUUGAAGAGGGGAUAUCGGAGACACGUUCAAGGGAGGAACUGGGAAAGAUCAGCAAACAGUCCAGCUUCUCUGGAAGCAUGGAAAUCAUCGAAGUAUCCUGACAUCACCUGCGCGGCCCCUGGGGACUUUUUCAUACACACGGACAGGCGCCACUUAUGAGUAAGGAUGACUAAGAGUGGGCCUGGCAAGGUGGUGGAACAUUCAUAUUAGUUCAUAGGAUUGCCGAUAAUGAGCGGUUCUCAGAAUUGGGACUUUUUUUUUUUUUGUCUUUUUAAGCCGGUGGAACCGGACGCAGAUUGACUUUGCUUUGUCUUUCUACAGUUUUUAAGCCAUAGCUAUCCCCAGAUGACAACGAGCUGAGACUGCAGUUGCAGAAUCCCUCGUUUCCUUACUCUAGAAA